AGUACCUCUACAGGACGAGGACGUAUGAGCGCAUGACAUUUGAGGAGAGAGCAUAUAUUCAUACCAAAACAUUUAGGCUUUUUUCUCUGGCAUCGGCAUCGACUACGCUUUUGGAGACUGGAUGAAUUUCAGUUUCUUCAAUAGAUACAACAUAGAAGAACGACGUCUAGAUUUCCUUAAUCAGAUCAUUUUCUUGAUCAACAAAUAAGUACAUGGUCGCGGUCGCCUGCUACUCCUACUGCUCGUCUUGCAAACGUGGUAUUCAGUCCCCAGCAAAUGAUCUUGAUCGCAGCUGUAGAUCCCGCACGAUCUACUGCUGUGAUCGUCCCCCUUGGAGGAAAUAACUCUCUUAUCCUGCCUUGAGGCAGUUUUGUGUUGUGGCCGAAGCGCGCGAUCCACCGACACCAAGACGUCUCGGUCCAAAGAAGAAUAAGAACAUCUCUGGCGCUGGCGGUAACAACAACUACACGAUGCCAUCGGUCAAGCAAAAUCCGAAUGGCGGACGGCCAUUGAUCACCAUAGAGCCCGAUGGAAACCAUACAGCGACACUGUUUUUCUUCCACGGGCUAGGGGACUCCUCCUUGGGAUGGAAAGAGCCACUAGAACAGAUCGCGCAGCAAACACCAGGUCUGAAGAUCAUCGCGCCAACGGCGCCGACGAUUCCAGGUAAGCGAUUUUUCAAUUUUUUGAUUAUCAUUUUGUUCAACACGAACAUCUUGCGAUGGAUGAUGUUUCUUCAAAUCCUGAGGACCUCUCUCUCUGUACUUUCUGCUCGAGAACUACAUCAUGUACAUGAUCAACACACAGUGACAAUAUCCGGCGGAGCAAAGCAGACAGCCUGGUGCGAUCUAGCCGCAGCCAGCUUCAAUCCCAUGGACGUUCUCACUAUGCUUCAGAAAAGACCGCCAAUGGUCGAAUCUUCCUGGGUCGAAGUCCUCAGACUGGUGACCACAGAACUCACAGAGCACCCAAACGUUCCGCUAGGCAGGAUAUUAUUUGGAGGUUUCAGUUUGGGCGCUCAUAUAGCCGCUUGGACAGCCUUGCAAUUGCCACAGAAAUGUGCUGGAGUCCUCCUCAUGAGCGGCAUCAUCUUGGGCGUUCCCAGUUUGUGCUUGAACAAAACGGUUUGUGAGGAUUUGCCGGUUCUGCAUUGUCACGGCACAGCAGAUAUGGUGGUGCCAUUCAUGGGCGCGCAAAUGGUGUGCCAACAACUCAAAGAAGGUGGAGUAUCGAAGUACGAACUGAAAAGCUAUGAGGGCAUGGCUCACACAGCAAGUCCGGAAGAGUUGGCGGACGUUAUAGCCUUUGUGAAGAAUUGCAUGACGGCGAGUGCGGCAACACCAGGAAGUGGUCAAGCUCCGACACUUAUGAUCUGCUUACUAUUAAUAUUUCAAUGUCUAUGAAAAGAUCUGCUUACUAUUAUUUCAAGGUCAAUAUAAUUUAUAAAAAUUUCAAAAGAUUCGUAAACAUCGGGUAGUGCAGAUGCAGUUACUACUAGGUGGACGAUGAACAGGUGCAGUUUGUCUUUGUAUUUACUACAGCUCACAACUCGAGAUGAUCGAGUUUUCUAUUUGCCAAGGUGAUUCUCUUCACGAUUAACGUUGAACUUCUAACCACCUGACGAUCUGCAGCAAUGGGCUCGAAAUACCAAAUGGCACUUCUGUCGUCAUCACAAGCCUCAAAUCAAAGCCGCACUUGAAUGGAAAAAUAGGUAUCAUCACAGGAUUCACACCAAGAAAAGCCAGAUACACUGUGCUCAUAGAAGAAGAAUCGCUUAUGCUGGCGCCAGCAAGCUUUCGGAUAGAGAGUGUGGCACUGGAAGAUGGGGGAUCGGCAGCGCUUUCUGCGGAUGGGGAGAGCUUUGUGGAGGUACACUUUUACGGGUUUCAAUGCUUCAAUUACACUCCCACUUUCUCCAGAUGGUUAUAGAUACCUCAUACAGACACCUCUUUUCGGAAACUAUAAACUCGAAAGUUUAAUUUCCAUGAGCAUCGCAACGUUCCCUCAUCCGUCCCAACCAGGUCUCAACCGGCGCCCCGCUUAGUUCCGACAAGCGAUUCAAAACUGGAGCUAUUGUCAGGUUGAAGGGCCUGAAAGCUGGCGCACCUUGGAACGGCUCUGUCGCAAGACUGGAAGCAUGGAAUGAGAGUACUGGGAGAUAUACUCUCGACCUCGGAAACAACGCCCAACUUCAGAUCAAAGCCGAAAACUUCACGCUCUAGGCAGGAAGAGUCCAUUCAAUUUUCCUCCCUGUACCACCAGAGGUGCUCAUUUUCCCUUUUUUGGGGAAAGUCUAGCGGUUGACGCGAUAACCUCCCAUUCACAGCCUUUUCAAAGGAAGUAGCUCAAAUUUUUUAAAGAAAAAUUCAACGACGCUGCAACAUCUACACCACCUCGCUCACCUCAUUCAUUUUGUCACCUGCUACUGGUCUCGGUCUUUCCCGAGUCAA